AUGAAGGGAUGGGUGUAUAUUCUGUUGCUGGGUGUUUCUGUGGUUUCGGCGAGAUCCUUUCACUUCAAACUUAGAUCUGAGAAGAAAUCACAGGAACCAAUACAAGAGACACAAGAUAGUGUAAAAUGUCCCUCAGGAGACAAACCUCCACCAAGACAACAACAACGCCAAAACCAAGAAAAGCCAUCACCACCGCCAACAAACUGUCCGCCCCCAGAAAAGUUGAAUCCAAGCAAGCCACCACCCCCAGGAAGUCCACCUCCACCAAAGGAAGAACGACAAGAUCCUCCACCUCCUAAAUGUCCGCCCCCAGAAAAGUUGAAUCCAAGCAAGCCACCACCCCAAGGAAGUCCACCUCCACCAAAGGAAGAACGACAAGAUCAGCCACCUCCUAAAUGUCCGCCCCCAGAAGAGUUGGAUCCUAGCAAGCCACCGCCCCCAGGAUGUCCACCUCCACCAAAGGAAGAACGACAAGAUCAGCCACCUCCUAAAUGUCCGCCCCCAGAAGAGUUGGGUCCUGCCAACCCACUGCCACCAGGAUGUCCACCUCCACCAAAGGAACAACGACAAGAUCAACCACCUCCUAAAUGUCCGCCCCCAGAAGAGUUGGGUCGUGGCAACCCACUGCCCCCAGGAUGUCCACCUCCACCAAAAAAGGAAGAUCGUCAACAAGAAAUUAGAGGUUUUUUAAAUGCUCUUGAAGAUGUUCUUUUGAAAGAUUAA